AUGUUCGCAGAAGCCGUCCUCCCCUCUUGUCUGGCCAUGACUUUGGUACCAUUUUCACAUCCGCUUUCGCCGCCGCCAGCGGCGCCGGCACCUUCGCCUCUGCCAACUCAGUCUCCACUUCAGAUUGGGCCUUCGUCCGACACGUUGGCCGGUGACCUCUCGGCCAACGGGGCCUCGAUUGUGCCGAUUGCUGAUGGCCCCGAGGCUGCUGCCGAGCCGCCAGCUCGAAUCCCUCGCCGCGGCGGUGUCGCCGAUGCCGGCGACUCGGUCGGCCAGACGAGUCGGCGUCGGAGUGCAGUUGUCGACGAGACGCCGUGUCCUCCGCCUCCGUCGCGCACGGACCCACUCGACAAAACCGUCUGGCCUGUGUGCUGGGCUCGAGUCCGGCCGAGCUCCAUUCCACCAUACCGCUCGUCUACACAAAACGAACGAGACGAGACUCUGACUUCCAUUUGGACGUUGGCCUUGAAUGGGUCUCGGUUUCGUAUGACAUUUCGGCACAGAUUGCCUCGUCUCUCCACCAGCAUUUGCGGCCAAGACGCAAGUUUGCAUGGCAGUUGUCGAGUAGGCCGCCUGGACUCUGGGUUCGAGCUCGUCUUCCGUCUCGAGUGGCCAGACAUGGUGGCAGUCUCAUGCCGGCUAGGGAAACUGGAGAAUUGGGAGAACGGUCCUAUUAAUGAAGGUCGAUUUGAGUAG